GGAUCAGCAAAUUUGGGGUGUUUUUGUUUUCUCCAUUUUUAUUCUUUUUGUUUUGCCGACGUGGUGGAGAAUGAACGUGAAAACUCCGGCGACGAGGACUCGUGUUGGGAAGUACGAGCUCGGCAAAACCCUCGGCGAAGGCACUUUUGCUAAGGUCAAGUUCGCGAAGAAUGUUGAGAAUGGUGAUUAUGUCGCCAUCAAGAUUCUCGACCGGGAACAAGUUCUUCGCCACAAGAUGGUCGAGCAGAUUAAAAGAGAGAUAUCGACUCUGAAAGUUAUCAAGCAUCCGAACGUUGCUAAGAUUUAUGAGGUUAUGGCAAGCAAAUCAAAAAUCUACAUUGUUCUUGAGUUUGUGGAUGGAGGCGAGCUUUUUGACAAAAUAGCCGCAAAGGGAAGGCUCAAAGAGGAUGAGGCAAGGAAAUAUUUCCAGCAACUUAUUAAUGCUGUAGAUUACUGCCAUAGUAGAGGAGUGUACCAUCGAGAUCUGAAGCCUGAAAAUCUUCUUUUAGAUUCACAUGAUGUUCUUAAGGUGUCAGAUUUUGGAUUGAGUGCAUUUUCACAGCAAGUACGAGGGGAUGGUCUUCUUCACACUGCCUGUGGGACCCCAAACUACGUAGCUCCCGAGGUCUUCAACGAUAAAGGUUAUGAUGGUACAUCAUCUGAUAUUUGGUCAUGCGGGGUCAUUCUCUUUGUUCUUAUGGCUGGCUUCUUGCCUUUUGACGAGCCAAAUCUGAUGUGUUUGUAUACGAAAAUUUCGAAGGCUGAUUUCUGCUUUCCAUCAUGGUUCUCAAAUGGCGCUAAAAAACUUGUUCGCCGCAUUCUUGAUCCCCACCCUCUUACUCGAAUAACGAUAGCCGAAAUUCAAGAAGAUGCAUGGUUCAAGAAGGGCUACACACCUGCUCAAUUUGAAGUGGAAGAGGAUAUAACUCUCGAUGAUGUAGAUGCCGCUUUUAGCAGCUCGAGGGAACAUCUUGUGACAGAAAGAAAAGAGAAGCCAAUGUCCAUGAACGCUUUUGAGCUCAUCUCUAGGUCACCUGGUUUCAGUCUUGAAAAUCUAUUUGAGAAGCAGAAGACUGUUACAAAGAGAGAAACCCGUUUUACUUCGCAAAGUCCUGCAAAUGAGAUCAUGUCGAAGAUUGAAGAAACGGCGAAACCGAUGGGGUUCAAUGUACGAAAACGGGACUACAAGAUGAAGUUACAAGGUGACAAGACUGGGAGGAAAGGACACCUCUCCAUAGCUACUGAGGUGUUUGAGGUGGCACCUUCCUUGCAUAUGGUGGAGCUUCGGAAGACGAGUGGCGAUACGCUCGAGUUUCACAAGUUCUACAAAAGUUUCUCUUCAGGAUUGAAAGACAUUGUGUGGAGAACUGAUGAAAAUACUGUUGAAGGGAGCUGAUCUUUCUCUCUAUCUCUCUCUCUCUCUCUCUCUCCUCAUAACGCCGUUUUGAAGUUGAUUCUUGAGAUGCAUUGCAGGUAUCUCCUGUCGUCCAAUCACCAACGUCGAAAAGAGAGGACUACAUAUUAUAGAAGCCUAAGGAAAUCUGUACUUUUUUUCUUGUUUCUCAAGAACUCGUUGAACACAGUAAUUGUACAAAUAAUCAAAGUUUCUGUAAUAAAAGAUUUGAUUUAACACUA